AUGCAGAGCACAGACCUGGGCAACAAGGAGAGCGGCAAGAUAUGGCACCGCAAGCCCUCCCCGGCCGCUCGGGACGGAAUUAUAGUGAACAUCGUUCACAACACUUCUGAUUACCUUCCCAAAGUUUUGCGAUUUUUGAAUGUGGCUUUUGAUAGCACGGGUGACUGUUUAAUUGCCGGGGACCAUCAAGGAAAUAUCUAUGUUUUUGACUUGUCUGGAAACAGGUUUAACCUUGUUCAGCGAACAGCGCAAGCUUGCACAGCUCUGGCCUUUAAUCUCUGCAGGAAGUCUGAAUUCCUUGUGGCAUUAGCUGAUUAUUCUAUUAAAUGUUUCGAUACAGUCACCAAGGAGCUGGUUAGCUGGAUGAGGGGGCACGAAUCGUCGGUAUUUUCAAUCUCCGUGCAUGCAUCUGGGAAAUAUGCCAUCACUACUUCUUCUGACACAGCACAGCUGUGGGACUUGGACACCUUCCAGAGAAAAAGAAAGCUGAAUAUCCUCCAGUCUGUGGGGAUUCAGAAGGUUUUUUUCCUACCGUUAAGUAACACCAUCCUCAGCUGUUUUAAAGAUAACUCCAUCUUUGCCUGGGAAUGCGAUACUCUUAUUUGCAAAUACCAACUGCCAGCUCCACCUGAAAGCUCCACUAUACUCUACAAAGUGUUCGCUGUGACCAGAGAUGGUCGAAUCCUGGCUGCUGGGGGCAAAUCAAAUCAUCUUCAUCUGUGGUGCCUGGAAGCUAAACACCUAUUUAGAAUUAUACAGAUGCCCACGAAAGUUCGAGCCAUUCGCCAUCUAGAAUUUCUUCCUGAUAGUUUUGAUGCUGGUUCUAAUCAGGUUCUUGGAGUGCUAAGUCAGGAUGGUAUUAUGAGGUUUGUUAAUACACAGACUUGUAAACUUCUCUUUGAAGUUGGGAGCCUUGAUGAAGGAAUUAGUUCUUCAGUAAUUAGCCCACAUGGACGGUACAUUGCAUCUAUUAUGGAAAAUGGAAGUCUGAACAUAUACUCAGUUCAGGCUUUAACAAAAGAAAUAAAUAAGCCACCUCCUCCUUUAGUGAAAGUGAUUGAAGAUUUGCCUAAGAAGAAAGUGAAUUCUGGUGAUCUUAAGGUGAAGGUGACGUCAGGAAGAAUACAGCGGCCGGCAAAAUCAAGAGAAAGCAAAGCACAAACCAGGAUAUUGAAACAAGACCUGGCUGGCAAUUUUGAAAAUAAAGAGAAUGAAUUGUCAGAUGGAUUAAAUAAAAAGCGUUUACAAAUCUUACUAAAAAGCUAUGGUGAAUAUCCAACAAAAUACAGAAUGUUCAUUUGGCGUUCUCUGCUACAACUGCCUGAAAAUCACACUGCGUUCAGCAGCCUUAUAGAUAAAGGUAUUCAUGUGGCAUUUCUCAACCUUCAGAAGAACUAUCCUAUCAAAAGCAGGAAACUACUCAGAGUAUUACAGAGAACCCUGUCUGCAUUAGCUCACUGGUCCACCAUCUUUAGUGACACACCGUAUCUUCCACUCUUGGCAUUUCCAUUUGUAAAAUUAUUCCAGAACAACCAGCUCGUCUGUUUUGAAGUUGUUGCUACUCUUAUAAUCAAUUGGUGUCAACACUGGUUUGAAUAUUUUCCUAAUCCUCCUAUCAAUAUUCUUAGUAUGAUAGAAAAUGUUUUGGCAUUUCAUGACAAGGAGCUCCUGCAACACUUCAUAGAUCAUGAUAUAACUUCCCAGCUGUAUGCAUGGCCUCUUCUUGAAACUGUGUUCUCAGAAGUACUGACAAGAGAGGAGUGGCUCAGAUUAUUUGAUAAUGUCUUUUCCAACCAUCCUUCAUUCCUCCUGAUGACCGUCGUGGCCUACAACAUAUGUUCUAGAGCUCCUUUGCUCCACUGUAAUCUCAAAGAUGAUUUUGAGUAUUUUUUCCACCAUCGGAAUAACCUGGAUAUAAGUGCUGUAAUUAGAGAAGUUUAUCGUCUCAUGGACACCACGCCCACUGACAUUCAUCCAGACAGCAUGCUUAACGCUUUUGUGGCGCUGACAAAGGGGCAAUACCCAGUAUUCAAUCAAUACCCAAAGUUCAUUGUGGACUAUCAGACACAGGAACGAGAGAGAAUAAGGAAUGAUGAAUUGGAUUACUUAAGAGAGAGGCAGACGGUUCAAGACAUGCAAGCUGAGGUGGACCAGCAAAGAGUUGAAGAUGAAGCUUGGUACCAAAAACAGGAACUGCUUCGUAAAGCUGAAGAAACAAGGAGAGAAAUGCUCUUACAAGAAGAGGAGAAGAUAAUACAACAAAGACAGAGACUGGCUGCUGUCAAGAGAGAGCUGAAAGUAAAGGAAAUGCACCUCCAAGAUGCUGCCAGAAGGCGUCUUCUGAAGCUUCAGCAAGAUCAACAGGAAAUGGAGCUGAGAAGACUGGAUGAUGAGAUGGAGAGAAAGGUACAUAUGAGAGAUCGAGAAAUUGCUGCCACAGCCAAAGACCUAGAAAUGAGACAUCUGGAACUUGAAUCACAGAAGAGACUUUACGAGAAGAAUCUCGCUAGAAAUCAAGAAGCUGUUGCAAAAGAAAUGCGAGAAGAUGCAGAUGCCUAUAGACGAAAAGUGGAUCUUGAAGAAAACAUGUUUCAUAGACUGAUAGGAACAGACCAAACUCAGAAUGAGAAAACUCAGAAGUUAAUUGAAGAAAAUUUGGCAAAAGCUGAGCAAGCGUGUCUAAAUACUGACUGGCGAAUUCAAGCUUUACAUAAACAAAGAUGCAAUGACCUACACCGAAAUGAAUGUUACCAGGAAAUGGCCAAACUCCUUUGGAAAAACAGAAGGAAAGAAAUAGAAGUAUUAGAUGCAAUGAUGGAGGCGGAAGCUAAAAAGUGGGAGGAAGCUGAAGAAAAAGACUUUCAUUUGAAAUCAGAAAAGAAAGCUGCUGCUCUUUCAGAUGCAUCCAGAAAGUGGUUUCUAGAGAAGGAGAUAAAUGAUGCUGCAGAACACGCCCAACACCUGUGUGGCAGAGUAAUGCCCAAGGGCCAGAAUGAACAGGUCGCCUUAAGCUGUUUGCCUAGAACCUCACAAUCAAAUGACAUUUCUUCAGUGGAGUCCCUGACACAGAUUUCAUUAAACCAAAGAAGAACACAUUGGGACACCAUGGAACGGGAUCUAAUGGAGAAAGUGAGAAAUCUUCGCCAGAGACUCACCGCCCAGGCUCGUAACAGAUGCCAGACGCCUCCUGUUUUGGCCACAUAGGAGGCUGGUCACCUUGAGAUAGUCAGAGAGCGAGAUACCUAUUUUGCAAUCAGUGACACUGAUUUUCAGAUUACUUAUUUUUAAAUUCUUAUAAAGAUUAACCUUUUGUAUGAAAAAUGUGUGUAUAAAAAUGAUGUGUUCUAUUUAAUUCUGUGCUUUGGGGCUUGUAAAUGGCUUAUUGUACUUUUCACAAUAAAAAUAAAAAUUGAAGCUUUUUAAA